AUGGUGACAUUUCCAGUUUUCUCUGCACAGGGGCUAGCUGUAAGUAUAACCAUAAACGGUCUAACCUCACAGUUUUCUCAAGUUCUGUUCCAACCGAGUCUGGAUGAAGCCAUUGUUAGAGAUCUAGGAAGUACUGAUGACACUUCAUUCCUGAGAAGCAGUACAUGUACAGUCCAGGCCCUGAGCCUAGGGGUGGUGGUGUACCAACUCUGUCAGUGUGCUAACCACUUCAUGUCUGUGUACGAGAGUCACAAACAACAUCUACGUAAGCUACAGAGUCUGGCUGAUCUUAGUACAGACGACCUCAAACAGUUUUCUGGAGUUGAAGAGAAGCUCGCAUCUCAUCAGAGACUCGCUAAAACGAGCCUCACCAAAAUCGUGCACUACAAAGAAGAACAACUGCAGUACUUUGCUUACAUCUUGGAGAACUGUCUGUUCAUGUUGUGGCGCCACCUGGAGUAUUAUCUCAUUCACUGCGUUCCUGUCAAUCAGCAGACAUCCUCAUACCCAAGUCAGACUCGCAGACACACUCAACUCAGGAGGCUUCAAGAUUUGACUGGGAUUUGCGAAUCUGAUGCAGACUCUCUAUCAGACAUAGACAGACAGCUUAUGAUGGGGGUGACCAGUGAUACUGAAACAGACAGCAAACUCUGCCAUACAUGACUCACUCCUCAAAAGGAUACAAAAGA